UUUGUUAAAAGUAAAGGCAGGACUUUAUUUACUCAGCCUUGUAAAAUGGUAGAAAAAAUUGCUUACAAAGGGCAACAAGCAGCUCGUCUAGGUUUAAUUAUACAGAUGUACAUCCAACAGAGCUUAGGUAAUUUUCUACAGUUUCUGGAAUCAGACGAUUUCAAUAAAGAGAAGGCAACCCAACAUGUUAAAGAUGUGUUUGCCAUGUCAACUAAGGCUCUUGACCAGUUAGGUCGUUCAGAGGCGUUCCACCAUGUUAUCAGAAGAUCGGUAGCUAUGACAGAUACUGCUCUUUUUGAGCAACCAGACAAUUUGGAAUUUUCUAAUUUACCUUUAACUGGUGAGGGUGUGUUUGGUGCCGGUUUAGAGUCUUUGUUAAAAGCUCGCAAAGAGAAAAAGAAACAGAUUGACGAUUUAAUUCCAGAUGUUAAAAGGUCUGGCUUUAAAAGGAAGUUCUCGGGUGCCCAACCAGAUUCGAGUAAAAGACCUACUCCAGAUAGAUUUUUUGACAGGCCGUCAGCUUCUACUUCUAAGUGGGAUAAUUUUCGUAUCCCAAGACUGUCAAGAGAUAAAACUGACAGCAGACCGCAGUCAUCAUAUAAGUCAAGGGGCAGUUUUGGUAGUUACCCAAGACGAUCAACAUCCUUUCCAGGUAGAGGAAAAUUGGCAAAAUCAGAUGGAAAAUGACUCUGAUGUCUGGAAAAAGCUCCAUUUGAACCUUUGAGAGAUGUACCAUUGAAGUAUUUAACAUGGAAAACCUGUUUUUUACUGGCUAUAACAACUUUUAGACGUUGCAGCGAUCUACAGUCUUUACAAUUAGGUGAAGGCUCUGUUAAUGUUCAAAAACAUGGACUUACAUUUAUUAGACCAGGGUUAUCUAAGCAGGAUAGACCAAAUCAUUGUGGUAAAAACAUUUUUGUUCCUGCGUUGCCAAACAAGUUUUUGAACCCUAAACGUUGUUUAACUUACUAUUUAAAAAGAACUGAACCUUUUCGUAUUUCUGAAAAUGGACAAGAUAUUAUCAAGUUAUUUUUAUCUAUGAAAAAACCACAUAAACCAGUGACAGCGCAUACAAUUUCAAGAUGGUUAGUGGACAUUAUCAAAUUUUGUUACAAAAAGGAGAAAAAAUCUAUUGGGAAAAUUAGAGGACAUUCUACACGUAGCAUUGGACCUUCAUGGGCGUUAUUCAAAGGUGCAUCUCUUCAACAGAUAAUGGAAGCGGCAGAUUGGUCAAGGGAGACCACUUUCACUAAAUACUACUUAAAGCCAGUAAAUGUAGAUUUCAUGAAGCUGUGAUGGCACACAGCUGGGUAUAUAUUGAAUAUAAUGUGUGGUAUCUCCUAUCUUGCGGAUCGCAGGGUUGUUAUGACUUUUUUACUUAU